AUGCAUUUCGCUUCACUGCUUGCAUGUCUCUCUCUGGUAGCGGGCACACAUGCCCAGCUGCUGGACAUCCCACAAGUGGAUGAGCUGGUGAGUGAGGCUAUGAAGCCCCUGGCUGAGUACUUAGACUAUGAUGGUCCUGAGGGAAGCGCCUCGGGCGUGCUGAGCGAGCAAACCGUGGCAGCGAAUCUACAUGCCGUGGCGGCGGCAACAGCAGACGCUUCGUACUGGCUGGCAGGCAUUACCCAUCAAGGGCUGGCCGCAUUCAACUCGAAUCCAUCGAGCUAUACCGUGUUUCGCAAUGUUAAGGACUAUGGUGCCAAAGGAGACGGUGUGACCGACGACACGGCGGCCAUCAAUUCUGCGAUCAGUGCUGGUGGCCGCUAUAGUCCAUCCAGUCGCCAGUCCUCCACCACAACCCCGGCCAUCGUAUACUUCCCUGCCGGAACCUACCUUAUCUCAACCCCGAUCAUCGACUAUUAUUUCACCCAGUUGAUUGGAAAUCCGAACUCGAUCCCGGUCAUCAAAGCAACCUCCGGGUUCUCAGGGCUGGGAUUGAUUGAUGGAGACCAAUAUCAGAGCGAUGGAAAUCAGGGCUGGGGCUCGACAAACGUAUUUUUUCGGCAGAUCCGUAACCUGAAACUGGACUUGACUUCGAUCCCGGCGAGCUCGGCAGCCACUGGUAUUCACUGGCCAACGGGACAGGCGACCAGCAUCCAAAACGUCCAGAUCGCGAUGAGCUCUGCUUCCGGAACCCAGCAUCAAGGGCUUUUCAUUGAGAAUGGCUCUGGUGGCUUCUUGACGGAUAUUACGAUUACCGGCGGUCUCUAUGGCGCCAACAUUGGCAACCAGCAGUUUACCAUGCGUAACCUCGAUAUCUCAGAUGCAGUGACUGGCAUCUCCCAGAUCUGGAAUUGGGGCUGGACCUAUCAAGGCUUGACCUUGACUAACUGCACAACGGCUGUCUCGAUCAGUAAUGGAGGAGCUGGGAACCAGCUCGUCGGCUCCGUAACUGUCCUCGACAGUUCCAUUGUGGAUUGCUCUACCUUCAUUGAUACUGCGUGGAAGAGUUCGACCUUCAGCAACGGUAGUCUCAUUUUGGAGAACAUCGCCCUUGACAAUGUCCCCGUCGCGGUCAAGGGACCGAGUGGUACCGUUCUUGCUGGUUCUUCUGGCACCACGACAAUUGCGGCGUGGGGCCAAGGCCACAAGUAUACACCCAAUGGGCCCACCAAUUUCCAAGGCACUUUUACUGCUGCUACCCGUCCAAGUGCUUUGCUUGCCAGUGGAUCAUCAAAAUACUACACUAAAACAAAGCCCCAAUACGCGGCCUCACCUACAUCUUCUUUUGUAAGCAUCCGAAGCGCAGGCGCGAAAGGUGAUGGCUCCACCGAUGAUACAUCGGCAAUUCAGUCGGCAUUGACUACGGCAGCCUCCUCUGGCAAGAUUGUCUACUUCGACCAGGGUACAUACAAAGUCACGGGAACUAUUUACGUUCCCCCCGGCUCGCGAAUCGUUGGUGAGGCGUACCCGGUCAUCAUGGCCAGUGGAAGUACCUUUGCCAGUAUUUCCAAACCAAUUCCCGUCAUCCAGAUCGGCAAAUCGGGAGAGGCUGGCUCAGUUGAAUGGUCCGACAUGAUCGUCAGUACCCAGGGCUCCACCCCAGGAGCAGUUCUUAUUGAGUGGAAUCUAGCAGCCAAUUCGGGCUCAGGCAUGUGGGAUGUCCACACUCGCAUUGGGGGAUUCAGUGGGUCCUCACAACAAGUGGCCCAGUGCCCGACAUCUGCAGCUGUUUCAGCAGCGUGUGAGGUUGCCUAUAUGUCCAUGCAUAUUACAAGCUCUGCCAGUGGAGUGUAUCUGGAAAACGUUUGGCUGUGGACAGCAGACCAUGAUCUGGAUAGUGCAGAUAACACUCAAAUCUCUGUCUAUUCGGGACGUGGUCUCCUGGUGGAAGGAAAAAAUAUUUGGCUAUACGGAACCGGAGUGGAGCAUCAUUCGCUAUAUCAGUAUCAGUUUUCUGGAGCUAGCUCAGUUGUGGCAGGAUUCAUCCAGACAGAAACACCCUACUAUCAACCUAAUCCCAACGCCGCUAACGGCCCAUACCCGACCAACUCCACCCUCAAGGACCCAGAUUACAGCAGCUGUCUCUCUGGCAACUGCGAUUCCCUCGGUCUUCGGGUGCUGAACAGUAACAGCAUCGUCAUCUACGGGGCAGGCUUGUACAGUUUCUUCAAUCACUAUAGCACCACCUGUUCUACUUUCCCUACUCCCGAGAACUGCCAGAGUGAGAUCUUCAGUAUCGAGGGUAGCACGAGCGGCCUGGUGGUUUAUACUCUCAGCACCGUUGGAACGACCAAUAUGAUUGUCAAGGAUGGCAGUUCGCUGGCAGUUGUUAGCGAUAACCUGGCCACAUACGCUGCCACGAUUGCGUAUUUCACUCUUUAA